AUGUCGGAGUCCGUCGAGUCCGCCGCCGCCCUCUACAACCUGCUGCUCUGCGCGCUGCUGCUCGGCGUCGUCGGCGCUAAGGAGUUGUUUCUGGGAGAGCUAUCGCUGCUGGAGAUGCACAAGCUGGCGGAGCGACUCAUCGGCCACUUCUCCUUCAAGCUACUACUGCUGCUAUCGCUGGUGGACGUGCUGGUGGUGCAGCCCGUGUGGCUGCUGUGGUUCGCCGCGGUCACCGCCAUCAAGCGCACCUGUUCCCCCACCUCGUGUCCGCCAAUCUUUCAACCCCCGCCCCCCUUCCGUUCCCUCCCCCUCUCAGAUGUUCGGAGUGGUGGGCAAGGAGCGAUCGCAGCGCCUCAGUGCGUCACCCUCCGCGAGCCCCUCCUCGCACCUGCGCACGCUCGCCCUGCUGCUGCUCGUGCUGCUCGCCAACCUGCUCCUGUGAGCGCCCUGUGCCCUCCCCUCUGCUUGCCUUGCCCCUUUGCCUCCACAGCAAGGCCGGGGGUUGUGUUUGAAAAUGUUGAAAGGAAGUCCACGAGUUGCGUAUCCUUGCGGUGUUCGUUUGCUGCUGCACCGCGUUUCUCUGCUCGCACAUGUGCGUUGGCCAUGCACCACUGCGCCAUGUGGCCUCCCGUCAGCCGUCGUCCGUACUCCCACCCACGUCUCCUCCCCCACUCCGCUACCCCCCUUCUCCCCAGUGCUGUGUGUCUGCUGCCUUUCUUCGCCCCGGCGUCCCCCGCCUCCUCGCCCUCUGCCUCGCGCAACGUCAUGUCGCCCUGGCCGCGCCUCUCCGUGGGGCUGCUAUUCGCCUACGAGCCGCUCGUCAUCGCCAUCGACACCACACAGGUCCGUGCUCCCAUGCCCCCAUCCGCCCAUCUCCCCAUCCCUCCAUCCCCACGUACUCUCUCCGUGGGGCUGCUCUUUGCCUCGAGCCACUCGUCAUCGCCAUCGACACCACACAGGUCCGUGCUCCCAUGCCCCCAUCCGCCCAUCUCCCCAUCCCUCCAUCCCCACGUACUCUCUCCGUGGGGCUGCUCUUUGCCUCGAGCCACUCGUCAUCGCCAUCGACACCACACAGGUCCGUGCUCCCAUGCCCCCAUCCGCCCAUCUCCCCAUCCCUCCAUCCCCACGUACUCUCUCCGUGGGGCUGCUCUUUGCCUCGAGCCACUCGUCAUCGCCAUCGACACCACACAGGUCCGUGCUCCCAUGCCCCCAUCCGCCCAUCUCCCCAUCCCUCCAUCCCCACGUACUCUCUCCGUGGGGCUGCUCUUUGCCUCGAGCCACUCGUCAUCGCCAUCGACACCACACAGGUCCGUGCUCCCAUGCCCCCAUCCGCCCAUCUCCCCAUCCCUCCAUCCCCACGUACUCUCUCCGUGGGGCUGCUCUUUGCCUCGAGCCACUCGUCAUCGCCAUCGACACCACACAGGUCCGUGCUCCCAUGCCCCCAUCCGCCCAUCUCCCCAUCCCUCCAUCCCCACAUACUCUCUCCGUGGGGCUGCUCUUUGCCUCGAGCCACUCGUCAUCGCCAUCGACACCACACAGGUCCGUGCUCCCAUGCCCCCAUCCGCCCAUCUCCCCAUCCCUCCAUCCCCACGUACUCUCUCCGUGGGGCUGCUCUUUGCCUCGAGCCACUCGUCAUCGCCAUCGACACCACACAGGUCCGUGCUCCCAUGCCCCCAUCCGCCCAUCUCCCCAUCCCUCCAUCCCCACAUACUCUCUCCGUGGGGCUGCUCUUUGCCUCGAGCCACUCGUCAUCGCCAUCGACACCACACAGGUCCAUGCUCCCAUGCCCCCAUCCGCCCAUCUCCCCAUCCCUCCAUCCCCACGUACUCUCUCCGUGGGGCUGCUCUUUGCCUCGAGCCACUCGUCAUCGCCAUCGACACCACACAGGUCCGUGCUCCCAUGCCCCCAUCCGCCCAUCUCCCCAUCCCUCCAUCCCCACGUACUCUCUCCGUGGGGCUGCUCUUUGCCUCGAGCCACUCGUCAUCGCCAUCGACACCACACAGGUCCGUGCUCCCAUGCCCCCAUCCGCCCAUCUCCCCAUCCCUCCAUCCCCACGUACUCUCUCCGUGGGGCUGCUCUUUGCCUCGAGCCACUCGUCAUCGCCAUCGACACCACACAGGUCCGUGCUCCCAUGCCCCCAUCCGCCCAUCUCCCCAUCCCUCCAUCCCCACGUACUCUCUCCGUGGGGCUGCUCUUUGCCUCGAGCCACUCGUCAUCGCCAUCGACACCACACAGGUCCGUGCUCCCAUGCCCCCAUCCGCCCAUCUCCCCAUCCCUCCAUCCCCACGUACUCUCUCCGUGGGGCUGCUCUUUGCCUCGAGCCACUCGUCAUCGCCAUCGACACCACACAGGUCCGUGCUCCCAUGCCCCCAUCCGCCCAUCUCCCCAUCCCUCCAUCCCCACGUACUCUCUCCGUGGGGCUGCUCUUUGCCUCGAGCCACUCGUCAUCGCCAUCGACACCACACAGGUCCGUGCUCCCAUGCCCCCAUCCGCCCAUCUCCCCAUCCCUCCAUCCCCACAUACUCUCUCCGUGGGGCUGCUCUUUGCCUCGAGCCACUCGUCAUCGCCAUCGACACCACACAGGUCCGUGCUCCCAUGCCCCCAUCCGCCCAUCUCCCCAUCCCUCCAUCCCCACGUACUCUCUCCGUGGGGCUGCUCUUUGCCUCGAGCCACUCGUCAUCGCCAUCGACACCACACAGGUCCGUGCUCCCAUGCCCCCAUCCGCCCAUCUCCCCAUCCCUCCAUCCCCACGUACUCUCUCCGUGGGGCUGCUCUUUGCCUCGAGCCACUCGUCAUCGCCAUCGACACCACACAGGUCCGUGCUCCCAUGCCCCCAUCCGCCCAUCUCCCCAUCCCUCCAUCCCCACGUACUCUCUCCGUGGGGCUGCUCUUUGCCUCGAGCCACUCGUCAUCGCCAUCGACACCACACAGGUCCGUGCUCCCAUGCCCCCAUCCGCCCAUCUCCCCAUCCCUCCAUCCCCACGUACUCUCUCCGUGGGGCUGCUCUUUGCCUCGAGCCACUCGUCAUCGCCAUCGACACCACACAGGUCCCCACUCGUCAUCGCCAUCGACACCACCCAGGUCAGUGCGGCCAUACCCGCAUGCACCCCUCACCCCAUCCACACAAUCCCUCAUGCUCGCUCCCAUGCCUCCAUGUCCCCUCCGUCCGUGGGGCUGCUAUUCGCCUACGAGCCACUCGCCAUUGCCAUCGACACCACUGGGACGUUGCUGCACUACUGCGUGCAUCUGCUCGAGGCCCACUCCGACCUCCUCUCUGCGCACCUGCCCCCCGCCCUGCCGCUCACCUCCCUCCUGGCGUCCUGUGAGUGGGCAGAGCUGCGCUCCUGGCUGCUCUUCAACGUCUCAUUCACUGCAGACGCCUCCUCCACGCUCCUCACCCUCGCGCACUGUGCGCUCGUGCUUCUCAUCCGAGGCUUCUCCUUCUCAGUCAUCGACCUCGUUCUCGUCUUCAACAUACGGACGCUCCUCGCCGCCCUCUCCAAGCGAGUGGCCGGCUUCCUUCGGUGGCACGCCGCCCUCCGCCUCCUCCGCUCCACCUUCCCCGAUGCCACUCCAGCCCAAAUUACCGCUUUUGCUGACGACUGUGCGAUUUGCCGCGAACCAUUAUCAUCGGCUAAGCGUCUCCCCUGCGGCCAUCUGUUUCACCUGUCGUGCCUGCGGAGUUGGUUAGAGCACGGGUCACAAGCGCCCUACUCCUGCCCCACCUGCCGCCGCCCGCUUGACAGCCUUCCCCCCAACGUGCUCUCGUCGCUCUCCCCUCCGCCCCAGCCCCCCCCCGCUGCUGCUGCUGCUGGGGUUGCUGCGAAUCAGCCCCCUCCGGAGGCUGCUUGGGGGGGUGGGUGGGAAGAUGCAGGGGGGGGAGUGAAUCGGGUGUGGGGUGGGGAUGCAGGUCAGGGGGAGGGAGCAAGGGGAGGGGCUGGGGGGGGUCAGGGGGGAGAGGGGCAUCGAGGGGAGGGGGGCGGUGGGGGGAUGGGGGGAGGGGAGCGGCAGGAAGGGGGAGAGAGGGGGAUUGGGGGAGGCCGGUUUUUCUCCUCUUCCAUUUCCCUAAGAGGAAUACGGUUCAGAGGAGGGGGGAGUGGGAGGGCAAGACAUGUGGGGGAAGAGGGGGCAGGAGGCGGGGGAGAAAGCGGGACAGGGGGUGGGGGCGCAGGAGGGGAAGGGGGAGCGCCUGUGCAACCAAGAGUGGGGGCAGCGGCAGGAGGAGGGAGAGAAGCAGGGGAAGAAGUAAGGGGGGGAGUGGUGGGAGGAGGAGGAGGAGGGGAGGAGGUGAGGGGCAGGCGGAGAGGGUGGAGCUUGUGGGGAGGAGGGGGGGAAGGCGGGCAGGGGGGAGGAGGGGAAGGUGCGCGGGGGGGAGCUGGGGGAUGGGGGAUGGGGAUGCGGAUGGGGGUGGAUGAGGAUAGAAUGGCAGCGAUGGUGGCGCAGGUGGAGGAGGUGCUGCCGCAUGUGCCCUCACAUGCCAUCCGCCAGGAAUUGUUGAGAAGGCCAAACGUGUUGCUGGCAGUCAAUGCGCUCAUGGACGCAUGGUGA